UUUUGAAGUAGCUGUGAUUGACCGUGGUGGAGUGGGUUGGGCUUUGUUGGACAAGCUGAGAGCUAUCAGAGAUGAGUGCAAGUCAUUCGCUUUGGCUUUUAAUGUAAUUGAUGAGCAAAUUGCAAAGCAGAGGACGAGGGACAACGGCGUGGACACCUCACGUUAAAGAUUUUCCUAGGUCGAUUUUUUUAAAUUCUUUAUUUCAUUUUGACGUAAACGAGCUUGAUGUGAGCAAGGGGGAAACAAGAGCACUUGUUUUUUUAACCUUUCUCUCACCUUCACAGUGCACCUAUCCACUAUUUCACCUUUAGUUUAACUUAUUUUGUGGUUCCUUGGAUACUUUUGGCUUUCCAGCACGGCUUCACCUGGUCACCCUUUUACUGCAGUCUCACGAAACGGCACCAAGAUUUCUUCCGCAACUUUAAAGCACUUCAGAGAAAUCUACCAACAGGGAAAACAUACUUUUGUCUUAUACAAAGAAGCGCAAAAGUCACAUAAUGAGUCUCAAAUCUGAUUCUGAGCCGAACAACAAUGUUGUAUCCUUGGAAGAGGAGGUACGAACUCUCUUUGUCAGCGGCCUUCCAGUUGAUAUCAAGCCACGGGAACUCUACCUGCUCUUCAGACCAUUCAAGGGUUAUGAAGGAUCCCUUAUUAAGUUGACUUCAAAGCAGCCUGUCGGGUUUGUUACCUUUGACAACCGGACAGGUGCUGAAGCUGCGAAGAACGCAUUAAAUGGGAUCCGUUUUGACCCCGAGAGUCCCCAGACCCUGCGCUUAGAGUUCGCUAAAGCCAACACGAAGAUGGCAAAGAGUAAGCUGAUGGCCACACCGAACCCCUCAAAUAUCCACCCAGCUCUAGGAGCACACUUCAUUGCACGGGACCCAUAUGACCUAACAGGGGCAGCACUGAUCCCGGCCUCUCCCGAGGCGUGGGCCCCUUACCCACUGUACACCACGGAGCUUCCCCCUGGGCUCCCCCAUGCUGCCUUCACCUACCCGGCCGCUGCCGCUGCUGCCGCAGCCCUCCACGCCCAGGUGAGGGACCAACCGAUGCGUUGGUACCCGUCCCCAUCUGAAACCUCACAACCAGGAUGGAAAUCCCGUCAGUUCUGUUAAGUGUUUAAUCCCAUUCAGUACCUGAAGGUUUUUGUUUUUCCCCUCAGAGCAGAGUAAAGGUAUUCUGAACUCAAUUGAAUUUAAAUCCGGUUUAUUUAACGGACAUUAAGGUGCAUUACCGAUGUUGCUUUCCUCGCAGAAAAAUGGAGAGGAGGAUUUUGAGACUGUGGAAACAUGUUGCGGACGACAAUCUGAAGCAGAAGACAAUCUGACUUUUUGGCCUUUGACGGUACAGCCCCCCCCCCCCCCCCCCCAAAAAAAAGUGUGCGCAGUCUUUUCUCGAAGUGGACCUAACUCUGUGCUGAAACUAUCAAGCUGCUCUCUAUUGGAUGUGGGUGGGACUCAACAAUCAAUCCAUGUUGAGGUAUUCGGCAUGAAUUAGAAAUCCAAACAUUUUGUCAUUUCGUAUUGCUUAUGUUGCCAUAAUAGCGAGAGGUCUCGGCGGACCCCUACAGUAUGUUUUCAUUAUUCUUAGUCUCGCUUCUUUGAAGAUUACCUUGGAUUGAGUUGCUUACGAUGUUACCUGCGAAGUAGAUGCAGACAUCUUGUUACUUGUAAUUUUUGUUUUUUUCUUUGUUCAGAAUGGAUAAUGUAUGCACUGGGUUUUCUUUUUCUUCCUCUGAUCUUUAACUGUAAACCUGUCCAAGAAUGCUGAUGCUGUCUGUAACCUUGGACCUUUUGAAUGCAACCUCUAAUGACCCAGUUUUGCCAAAAUAUCUAUCUGUUUAGAUUAUAUUUGAACAAAAAAGUGAGUACAAGUAUUUUUGUACAUUUGUGUAAUGAGUAUUUAUGCAUUUUUUUUGUGCAAUUUAAAGAAGUAAUCUGUAUAAGUUGAUGUUUAGUCUGCCCUUGUGGGUUUCUUUGGUGUUAUUUUUGAUGGAUGUUGAAUCCUGUCUAUAAUAUCCUGUUUUGAAGUAGAACAAAAGUGCAAUUUUCUUUGGCUUGGUGUUAAAUACUGAAAUAUUCUGACCGUGGCAGUCAGAACUGCUACUGUACAUGGACUGCUAACAUGAGAUUGCUGUAAAACAAAAUGCUGAUCAUUCAGAAUGUGAAACUGGAUAAUAAAUGGAUUGAUCUGAA